AUGAUGGCUGAUCAAGUUUUUAAUUGUGAAAGUUUUGAAGAUAUUUCAAACUAUAUAUAAUAUCAAGAAUAGGAUUCAUUGCCUUUGAGUUUUUGCCAUUUUUAAGAAAACUAAAACAAUGAAGAUAAGUAUGGAUUGUUUAAAUAAAAUUAGUACAACUGAAAUGGAAAUUCUUUUUGAUUUGAAUAAAAAUGAAGAUGUGAUUAUGGAGAGUGAUUAAGAGGAGAAGUAAUGAUUUCAUUUAAAUAGAAACAAAAUAAGAGAAAAACUGGAAAAUGUAUUUAGAAGAUAAUUAAAGAAGGAAAAGAAAUCAAAGUUUUAAAAUGAAUGUCGUUAUAUAGUUGGGAAUGCAAUUCAAGCUAUGGAAAAUUUUGAAUUGCCAUAAGAUAUAGUAAACUAUUAUAAAAGAAUUGGUUCAUCAAUAAUUGGAUUUCAGGCUUUAAAAUAACAUCUAAUUUUAAAUAAAGAUGAUUCAAAUGAAACGAUUUAAAGGAAAAGAAUUUUCUAAGACUAUUUAAUUGAGUUUUUAUAAAAAAAAGGUUGUUGGAUUUAUUUAAAUUUAAUAGCAUCUUUGUACAUUUUAAAAUCGAGGAAGAAAUAGAAAUUAAGACAAUAUUUAUAAUAUAAAAAUAAGAUAAUGAUGUUCUAUGUAAAGUAUCCUGAAUUAUGGCACAGAAAUGAAUUACCUCAUUUUGAUUAGCAGUAGUAUUGUCAAUCUUAACAUCUAUUGGAUUGA